UCUAUACAAAGCAUAGCCGAGACUAGCCGUGGUGACGGUGCACGCGCCGACGCAACAAUAGCUGCUACGUCGGUGGCAGCAAGUACAUACGCCGCGCGCAGCUACGGUGGGCAGCGCGAUGCCGGCGACGACGGGGAGCGCCAGGCGGGUGGCCGUGCUCCGCUGCAUCGUGGCCGCGCUGGUCGUCACCGUGCUCCUCGCCGGCCUCGUCGUUCUCGUCUUCUGGCUCGUCGUCCGCCCCAAGCCCAUCGAGUACAGCGUCGCGCGCGCCGCCGUGCGGCACUUCAACGUCACCGCGCCGCCCGGCGGCGGCGGCGGCGCCACGCUCAACGCCUCCUUCUACCUCACCCUCGCGGCCGACAACCCGAACCGGCGCGUGUCCAUGCGCUACAAGUCGGUCGCCGUCUACGUGCACUACGGCGCGGGCGAGGUGGCGCCUCAGCUGGCGGUCGCCGACGUGCCCGACUUCCACCAGCCCAGCCGGAACGAGACGCGGCUCGAGGUGCGCGCCGUGGCGCGGUCGGCGCCGGUGCCCGACUGGACCGCGCGGGAGCUCGAGCACGACCGCUCCGACGGCGAGGUGGGCGUGGAGGUGCGCGUCACCGCGAUCGUCCAUUUCCUGGUCGGCGGCGUCAAGUCCAGGCACUACAACAUGCGGGCGGUCUGCUCCCCGGUGGUCAUCGGCUUGUCGCCGUCGUCGGCGCACUCCUUCCGGGGCGUGCCUUGCGACGUCGCAAUUUCGUGAGACAUACGUGUACAUGCAUGGUGUGCGUGUAAUUAACUACAGUAGUAGCUACUGUGGUGUACUGCAGGGUGUUGGUUUAUACUGUGUGAUGCUCUUAAUUCUUUUGUUUUUUGAGAUAGCUCCUCAUUCAUGCUGAACGGUGUGAUGCUCUUAAUUCGGGUUUGUCAUGUUUGUAAUAUACUAUCGCCAUGCUUGGAUUGCUUUGAUACAAGUGAUGAGAAAUACUCAAUCUUACUUGCAGUGGUUGGAUCCCAUGACGAUGGCGUCUGAGCGUCGUUAUUUCUUGUUGGCGUUAUCUUUCUCGUAUCUCGUGUGUUGUCAAGGAUGGUUGAUGACGUUAUUGCUGCUCUUUUGCAAGUCGUUGGCUAUGUCGAUUUUCUUCUUGUUAUUUCUUUCUUGUGUGGGUCGUAGGCAUCCCAAACGUCUUGCUUGAUAUUGUGCCAUGAAGGUAAUAUUUUUUUGAUACUAAUAUAUUAUUAUUUCUGAAAAUCUACACUAAGGUAGACCGUACAUGUCGAUCCAAUGGCGAAACGAGCACAAACACCCUCUCUCUUACUACAAAGCCCUUUGACGUCAGGUAUCUAGGUUUGAAUAUUGUGAUGGAGAAGCAAAUAAGGUUGCGCACGAGCUUGCUAGGUUGGCUAGAUUUUCUCCUAUUGUUGGUUGGUUUGAGGAGUCUAUGAAUCAAAUUGUACCAUUCCUCGUAAACAAUGUAUCUGUUAUUUCGGUUGAAUAAGGUUCAUAUGUUAUUUCAUAAAACAAAAAGCCCUUUGAUGUCCAGAAUCCACUCGAACAAUACAUUUUGACAGACUAGACAUUUUGCAAUGCAACAACCGAGAGCAGCCAACUCAAAAACAAAAGUUCGAGAUGUUCUUUCUUGUACCAUAUCAUAUCCCCUGGUGGGUGAUAAUCCAAAGCCAGAUAAAUGGCUAAUGGGGUCCUGCGCGCGCAGCACCAUUGUCCAUGAAGCACGGACAAAAACUAGCUCAGUAGCUAGUUCCAUCACGCUCGAUUGAUACAAGACCGGAUUGUAGAUCUGCAGUCAGCGAGAGGUCGACCCGGACAGGAUUGCGGAUUGCCGUCAGCGCCAAAGGUCAGACGCACCCUACCUGCGAUCGCACUAUAAAAUAUCGCGCGUUAUUAUUGCUCACUUUGUUCAGAUAUCCUACGUUGUCACUUUUGACCAUGACAAGCUUACGGAAAUACUAAACAUUUGUGUAUAUAUUCCGCGAGUCAUAUAUGACCAAAAAUCAAUGCUCUACAAACAUCAGAUGCGAUUGAGUUGUGUCUAUCAUGGAAAAGUCUUUCGUCAUGUUUCAUAUAGAGAGCAAACCACACAUUACAACCGGCAAUAUAACAAAAAACAGAAAAUAAAAUAACAGGAUACACAAUACCUCGGAACAGCUAAUGAGCUCCGAAGGACCCGUACACAUUGGAGCCCACGACGGCCUCAGAUCAUGUCAUCAACGACUACGACAAGGGAAGGGAUGUAGGAAAGCCACACUAGGAAGGAAAUGAUGAAGGCAAACAAAAUUCAUGUCCGGAAACGUUGACCAAAUAAAA